AGCCAUUUGGGCUCAAGCAGCUGGGCUCGAACCUGAGCUGCGAUCGCAGCACAAUGGUCGGAGCGUCGAGAAGUGGCACAGGGGUAGGCAGCCGCUACACAUGCGCGCUGCUGUCCGUCGCAACUGUGACGGUCCUCGCUCUGGCCGUGGUCUACACAGAGCAGCUGAACUAUUCUGCGUAUGUGGCAGUGUACAGGCAUAAGAACAGUACACACGUGCGCUCUCCCAUUAGCCCAGAAGCUGCACCGGCGCCACCGACUACAGUGAAUCCUGCGCCAGGACCAGCACAAGUGCAUGAUGAGCUUGCGGCAUCCUUUGUGCCAACCGCUCCUAUUGUUCCGGAUACCGAUGAUUCAGAGCAUUAUCACAAGCACGGUUUUGUUUAUGUGCGCGAAGCAUUCCCCCCGUCAAUGAUUGAUGACUGGGCGGUCAAGAUACAAAGUUAUGUCAGAAACCACGGGAAAUUGUCACAUCCUUUUGCCCAAGGUGCUGUCAUUCCUGAUUUCAUGAAAGAUCCAUUCCUUUCUGGUAUUUUUGAGGCCGUGCACACCUGUGCAAAGUUGCAUGCGGUGCUCGCGCGAAUUUUUGGAGAUGUCAUGGGCAAUGGGCCAGGGCAGUACAGAUUCCUUUCUCACAAUGAUAUCGGCGUAAACGUGAAAUCAACGUGGCACAAAGACCGACUGAGUGGUAUUUACAGAGGCUAUGAGAAGCAUUCCCCCUGGGAUAUCGUAAAUGGAGAGACAAUGCGGGUGGUUAAAGUCGGCUUGUAUUUGGAGGACCAUUCGCAACCUCGGGAUCAUUCUGCUUUGCGAGUAGUCAGAAGUAGUCAUACUGUUCCGGUGAUCCCCAAAGAAAAGCGCAACAUCAGUUUCUUGCAUCCAGCAAAGGGCGACAUUAUCAUAUUUGACCAGAGAAUAACCCACGGGGGUCAGGGCCCGCUGAGCACAGAUGAUCAUGUCUUCGCCGAAGAGGCGAACACCACCGGCGCCGGUGAGAUAUUGACAAAAUUUGGACGGCGAAUACUGUUGCAAAUUGGAUACGGUUGGAACAAUGUUCAUUCUGACGAUUUCGAGAUGGGCACGAAGAUGCGACAAGAUAUCUUUCAAAGUCCUGUAUGCAACUACGCUGGGUACAGUCCCUGCGCAUUAAAAUUGGUGCAGGACGAUUUCAGAAGACGAGGAAUCCGAUACAGCUGUGAUGAUGCUGCAGUUUGUCCUUGACCAUCGGUUCCCACGUGCAGCAUCCGUCGCAGUUUCACCAUCGCCCGACGGGUCGCGCUCUCUUAGGGGUGGCCUCGCAGAGUUGCGUCCGCCGUCGAGAGGAAGAAAAGAGGCCUCCCAGAGGCCCCAGCGAGGCCCCGAGGACGCUUCACCGGGCGGGGGGCUGGGGGGGCACGUCCUGUGGCGUGGGGUGGCGGAGUUUCUUGUUGGCGUUCGAAUGUUCAGAAAGGGAAUUGGUCGGCGCCUCAGUAUGUGUGCCGUUCGCGCCAAGGCGCGUCAGGCUGCAAUGCUGGCUUGCAGGUGGCGUCCGCUUGCUGUCAGCCCAGUGAAUUUGAUGCAUUCCUUUACUUUCAAGAGCUGGUCGCUCCACCUUGCGCGCACAUCCUUGGGCAAUCGACCAGAUAGGUGCCCAGAGGAGCCCAGAGCGGCCUCCGGCACCGUUUCCGGACAGAUCCGCUGGAUCCGCUG